AAUGUUUUUGCAUUCAGGUCCAAAAAGUCACUUUCUGACCACUUCUAACAUUGGCAAAUAUGUAUGGAAAGUUCCGUUCAAAUGUCAAGGGUGAGGUCAAAAAGUGAUUGAAAUCAAAUGGAAUAACCCCUGUUCCAUUUUCUAGACUCACACUCACAAACAACUAAAGAUGUACAUGGUGCUUAUAAUUCACUUAGGAUUUUUGUGGAAUGAAGCAUCACAACAUUUCCUGAAAACCUUUUCACAUAGAUUACAACAAUAUUUCAUAUUGACCCUCUACCCACCUUAGGAGGAAGUUGAAAGCUGACAUAUCCACAGCCUUUCCCUCUCUGUCUGUGGAGGAACUGUCCGAGUUGGUCCCAAACAAAGAGGAGCUGAAUGUAGUGAAGAUCUAUGCCCACAAGGGACAUGCAGUCACCCUCUACGUGCUUCAUAAGAACCCAGUGUUCUUUGAGCUGGAGAAACGUGUCUAUCUCAACGGACGCUAGACAAAAUGCAGCACUGCCACCAGCUGGUCUUCCCUGGCCAGCCACCCGUAGUAAAGAAGGGCCACAUUGAGCCCAUAGACAUCUCUGUGGCCUUCAGGAACUCCAACAAGACGGUGACUAUGAUAAAGAACCUGGAGGUGUAUGGUGUGGACCCCAUGGCCGUAUCGUUAGCCCUGCAGCACAGAGUCCACGCCAGCUCAGCCCUGAACUCCGUCCCUGGCUCAAAGGACCGUGUCCUGGUCCAGAUACAAGGAAACCGGGUCCAGCAAGUCGGCCAACUGCUGCUACCGUAGGUUCGCAAACAUUUCCUAUUGGUAACCACAUGACAAGACUGUCUUAAUACCAACUCUUGAUUUAACAGGUGUUUAUGUGCAUCAUUUCUAAGGCUUUCCCCCACUUUAUUUUUCCGAUAAGUACCAAAUUCCCCGCAAGUACAUCCAGGGUCUAGACAAAGUUCAGAAGCCUGAAAAGAAGAAAUAAUAGAACCUCAACAUUUCAUCAACAAGUAUGUAUAGCUGUGUAAACAAAUUGUUUACAAAUUGUCUAUCAUGAAAUAAAGUUUACUCCAGGAUUAGCUAAAUUUAUGUUGUCAUUAAUGUUACAUUGUGCUAGCCUAGAUGCCAGCCUGAGAUGUCUGUUCAGUUAGAAUAUGCCACUCAAUUAGAAUAUGACCUGUCCAAUCAUCAUCCUCUGAGUCUAUGAGUGGAGUUAGCAAUGCCUGACAUUGACCAUGGUUACUGAUGAAAAGGUGACCCAAUCAAUAAAAUAGGCUGUGUUCCGUAGAAACAGCACUCAUUAAUGAAACAAUGCCAAACAGUUUCUAUACCAGAGUUACCAGGCUGAGAAAGUCUGUCUUGCAUCCAGGCUAACAUUGUUCUCUCUGUAGCCUCAAAAUCAGGGAAACUUUACAAACAUGCACACACAGUGUCUGUAUUUAGCCAUUGUUAAUCAUUACUCAGACGAUAUUUGAGGCACACACAAGCUUAUUAGCUGGACUACAGAGGUUGGCCACUUCGAAAUUCAACUCACCUUGUGUGCAUCUAAAGAAAUGUCUUCCAGUCCACUCACCUAUCUACUUUUAUUAUCUCAUGCUGAUGUGGUUGUUGUUUUGAUGUGGUAAACAUGUACUUUGACAUCCAGCACAUACUCAAAGCCAUUGGAUCUGUGUAUCUCUUCUCAUUCAAAAUACACUGAACAAAAAUAUAAGCGCAACAUGUAAGUGUUUGCUCCCAUGUUUCAUGAGCUGAAAUAAAAGAUUCCAGAAAUGUU